CGGCAGGGGCACUCAGGUCCGCACAGACCUAUACACAUACACACACACACUCGUCACAUUCACGCACACACACACACACACCUACACCUUUCACACACUUCACACCCUCCCCUCUUCAAGGCACCCUGAGCGACCUCUCACCAUUGGCCAGGUCCCGGAGCCCUCAGCAUCUCCAUCACGGCUGAAGGGACCAUUCGGGAAAGCAGGAGACAGAGGUGUCAAGGUGGACUCCAGUAUGAGGAUGCUCGUGCGGCUUGUGUUGGGACUCUUCGUCCUCAAAGCAGCGGUGGCCGGCCCCAGGUUUUCCCGACAAGUGGACUUGGACUCGUACGACAGUGUCAACUAUGAUGUGGAUCUAGACAAUUUAAAUUUGGAGAACCAGGAUAUCUAUGACUACGAAGAUGGGCUGACGAUCGAUGAUCCUCAGAUAGAGAUUGGAACACUGGCCCCACCUGACUAUAACUACCCUGUACCCGAGGCCUCGCUGGAGGAAGAACAAGUAGAAGAAGAGGAGGAGGAGGAGGAAGAGGAGGAGGAAGAGUUGCCCCUAACACCCCAGCUCACCCCUCAGGGUUCAGGGGGAUCUGGGGUUCUCAUGGGCCCAGACACACAGAAAGAGGUGGAGCUGCGUCUGACGCCCAUUGACAUCCUUCAUGUGUCCGGGGAUUUUGGGGGCUCCGUAGGGUCUGGGGCCUCGGGAGCUUCUGGGGCUUCUGGCUCAGGAGACUCAGGAGACCUACUGGUCUCCGGCGGCUCUGGGGGUUCUGGUGAUAUUGUCCUGAUUUCCGGAGACUCUGAGGAGCUCCUCAGCUCUGGGGGAUCUGGAGAAUUCUUGGUAUCUGGGGAUAUCUUGAUAUCUGGGGAUCUCUCAGGGUCCGGGGAUACUUCUGGAGCCUCCGGAGACCUUGGCUCUGGGAUUUCCAUUGAAAUCCCCCUGGGCUCUGGGGAAGAGUCUGGUUCUGGGUUCUCUGGAGAUCUCUUGAUCUCAGGGGCCUCCGGAAGCUCUGGGGUUUCUGGGGACUCGGGUGAGUCCGGUGACUCAGGGAUAACAUUGAUAUCUGGAGAGGAGGAGCUGCCCCUCAUUCCCGAGCCUACCCCUAGCGAGGCAUCAGGUGCUUCAGGGGAGUUCUCAGGAGCUUCAGGUUCUGGAGACUUAGGGUUCUCUGGAUCCUCUGGGGCUUCUGGUGUCUCUGGCUCUGGAGACGCAGAGGUCCCUGAGGUAACUCUGGUCCCUGACACUGAUAAAGAGGAGGGGCUGCUUCCGAUUACACCAGAGACCCCUCAGGAGGGUACUGGCGGUGUAGAAGGGUCAGUGAGCUCUGGGGAGCCUGACGAGCCCGACGAGCCUGACGAGCCUGUGAUUGACAGGAAAGGUAUGCCCACUUGCUUGCUGUGCACGUGCCUCGGUGGUUCGGUCUACUGUGAUGACUUGAAGCUGGAUAGUGUUCCACCUCUCCCCAAAGACACCACUCACUUCUACGCCCGCUACAACAGAAUCACCAAGAUCAACAAGUCCGACUUCGCCUCCAUGAGCAAGCUGAAGAGGAUCGACUUAACCGCCAACGAGAUCACGUCCAUCGAUGAGAGAGCGUUCUUGGGUCUCCCUGAGCUGGAGGAGCUGGUGAUUCGAGAAAAUCAUAUCUCACAGCUGCCCGCUCUCCCAGAGACCAUGAGCCUGGUCGAUGCCAGCCAUAACAACAUUGGCACCAAGGGUAUUCACAACGAGGCGUUCAAAGAUAUGACGAGCCUGCUGUACCUGUACCUAACAGACAACCACAUUGACUACGUCCCCGUGCCUCUACCAGACAGCCUGCGAUCUCUACACCUACAGCGUAACAAUAUUCAAAUGAUGCACGAGGACACGUUCUGCAACCUGAAAGACUUCAACUACAUCAGGAACGCGCUGGAGGACAUCCGUCUGGACGGCAACCCCAUCAACCUCAGCAGGACCCCGCAGGCCUACAUCUGCCUGCCUCGCAUACCCAUCGGGGAUCUCAUUUAACCACACAGACACACACUGACUCCCACCAAUACAAACCACAUGCACACAUCUUUUGUACAUAUUGACACACAAAGCCACACAUGCAGACAUUUAUCACUCCUAAAACAAUCAAUUAAAAUGACAAACGUGCUGCUGACAUAUACUAUGGAUCAGUAAAACUCUGUGUGGAAAUAUACAUCCACAAACACAUAAAUUAUGAGUCAGAUUCUGGUGAUCCACUGCUAUACUUCUUCAUUGUUGUUCAGAUUUUUACGCCAGGCAUAACACAACAACACACACAGUCGCUCUCACAGAUCAAAACACAUACACACACAUACAAUUACAUACACACACACACACACACACACACAAGAACUUUCUCAAAAGCCAAACUGUUCCGCAACUUGAUUUAAGAGAAAACAACCGGUGGCAUUCGGAGAAAUCAGUUUAUUAAAAACCCUCAAAUGGCAUGUUUGUGUCUGUUUAGUGUCUGUUCACGACUGGUGAAAAAAACGAAGGAAAAAAAAUACAGUAAUAUUGUUUAAAUAUGUUUGUUUUGUAAAAAUAAAAACUAAUAAUAUUAAUAUUAAUGACAAAUCUUUUUUUGGAAAUGUAUACUAGCGUAAACUUAUUGAAGCUGGAGCUUAAUGGAAGGUAAAUUGAGUAUCUAAUGCAAUAAAAGACGCAUUUAAACACAAUCAUUUGUUGUAAAGUCUGUACUGUAAUAUAAAAAUAUAUAUUCUGAAAAAAAAAAAAGAUUUUUUACAUGAACUGCAAUAUUUGGUAUCUUACAUUUCAAAAAGUGAUGUUUUUAACCGUG